UGACGCUACAGUUUCCCAGCAUUCAGUGGGGCAUCAUGGCGGACACCAGGGAGAAAGGGCUGCAAGACUACAGAAAAAAAUUACUGGAACACAAAGAAAUUGACGGGCGGUUAAAAGAAUUGAGAGAACAGCUGAGAGAACAAACAAAACAGUAUGAGAAAUCAGAAAAUGACCUGAAGGCUCUGCAAAGUGUUGGUCAGAUUGUUGGAGAAGUUCUCAAACAGCUGACAGAGGAGAAAUUCAUUGUCAAGGCCACCAACGGCCCCAGAUAUGUGGUUGGAUGUCGCAGACAGUUGGACAAGUCUCAGCUGAAACCAGGAACCAGAGUGGCUUUGGACAUGACCACACUCACUAUAAUGAGGUAAGCUUGAAGCACAGA